AUGAAUGCCUUAAGCCAAGUGGCCGAGGAUCUGCAGAGGGGAGUUUGCAACACCACACAAGCUGUCGAGCGCAUUGGAGGUGCCCUGUACAAAGUCCUGGUGAGGGCCUCCGAUACCCACCGACCUACCGGCAUGACGGCAGAGCCCGCAUGCUACUUCGUGCGGCCCUUCCGGGCUACCGUGCUCUUCCGCAUGGGUAACCAGCAGGCAGCUGACGGCCUCGCUUGGGUUACUUUGGCCCCACGCCUAACCCAGCGAAACAUCCCCCGUGCCUCUAAACUAAAGGCUGGCCUCUCACCAAGCCAGGAACCCAAAGUUUGA